GGCAAAUAAAUUUCAAUUCAAAUUCAAAUAAUGAAUUGACAAUAAAGAAAUUGAAGUAUGUUAGUGUGAUAUAUUUAAAGAGAAGAACUAAUUAGAAAUAAACAACGAUUCUAUUCAUAUUAAUUGUUGUAAUUAGUAAAGGAUUGGAGACUGAACAAUACAAUGAACAAGGAAAUAAAGAUGAUAAUAAACGUGAAGAUAACAUGAUUGAUUCAACAAGAACUAAACAACAUAAACAUGAGAAUAAAUAUAACGAUGAUGAAAAUACACAAAAUCAAACAUAUAAUCGGUUGACUAAUACCAUUCAAAAUAUUUAUAAUAAUAUACAUUUGAUAGCUGAAACACUAACAGAACCAGCACCAGCAAAUUCACAAUCUGCAUCACAAGCAUCAGGAAUAUCAACACCCACUGGAAGUGCAGUAACAACACAAGAAGGUAAUAGUCCAGCACAGUCAGGAUUAGCACCAGCAGAAAAUCCAGCAUCAACAUCACCAAAAGGAAAUGAACCACCAGCAAAAGUAGAAGGAAAUUCAUUACAAUCCAAACAAGUAUCAGGAGAUACACCAGAAGGAGGUUCAUCAACAACUCAUUCUGAGAUUGUAACUCCGGGAGUAUCAACACCUAAAUCUGGAACAGCACCAACAGAAGGAGGUUCAGUAACAACCCAAGGAGAUACGACACAAACACCAUCAAAAUCAGAAAAAUCAGAAAAACCACAAGCUACAGAAACAAGUGCACAAACACCAACAACAACACACCCGGCAUCAGGAAAUGAAGCAACACACUCUACAGAAACAACAUCACAACCAUCAAGUACAUCACCUGCAUCACCACAACAACAAAACCAACCUUCAUCAGUCUCAACACCAUCAGGAAAUGGACAAAAAACAGAAAAAUCAAAUGAACAAAAACCACAAAAAGAAGACUCAAAAGGACAACCUCAACAACCACCAAGUCAACCAAAUUCAUCAGCAAAACCAAGUGAAGAAACGUCACCAACUCAAACAACAAACAACCCAACACAAAUAAGUCCAUCAACUUCAACUCAACAACCAAAAGGAAAUAAAGACACACAACAAAAAGAUGAACCACCAAAAGAACAACCACAAAAUCAACCACAAGAUAAUGGAAAACAAGAUCAUAAUAAACCAGAACCACAACAACAAAAUCAUCCACAACAAAAUGAAAAACAAGAUAAUAAAAAUACAACUACUUCUGAUAUUUCACAUGAUAAAACUAUUGUUAGUUCUGUUGAUAUUUCUGAUAAUCACAAUAAUCUUGAUGGAACAUCAGGUAUGUUUAUGUUGUUGGAUUUUGUUAUUCAGUUGAUCUUCUUCUAA